GAGAAAAAUUAGACUUGCGGUUAAUGGAUGUUGUAACUGCAUACUUAUAUGGGCCACUGGAUAAUGAGAUUUAUAUGAAAGUACUAGAGGGUAUAGAGUUGAAAAACAAAUCGAGUACUCGAGAACAACCCUGUAUAAAAUUGAAUAAGUCACUUUAUGGAUUGAAACAAUCAGGCCGAAUGUGGUACAAUAGGUUAAGUGAGUACCUAGAGAGAGAAGGAUACAAGAAUGAUUUGAUCAGCUCUUGUAUCUUUAUAAAGAAAUUUAGCCAGGGUUUUGUGAUUAUAGCAGUGUAUGUUGAUGAUUUGAAUAUCCUAGGAACCUCUGGAGAGAUCUCCCAAACAGUUGAAUAUCUUAAGAAAGAAUUCGAGAUGAACGAUCUUGGAAAAACAAAGUUUUGUUUGGGAUUACAGCUUGAGUACAUAAGAGAUGGAAUCCUUGUGCAUCAAAUGGCAUAUACAGAAAAAGUACUCAAGAGAUUUAACAUGGCUGAGUCUCACCCCUUAUCUAGCCCCAUGGUCGUGAGGUCUCUCGGCCUGGACACUGAUCCAUUCCGUCCUAAGAUGGACGAUGAAGAUGUCCUUGGUCCCGAAGUGCCAUAUCUCAGUGCCACAGGAGCUUUGAUGUAUCUGGCUAGUCACACACGACCAGAUAUAUGUUUUGCCGUGAAUCUAUUGUCUAGAUUUAGCUCAUGCCAACCCAAAUGCACUGGGACGGGAUUAAACAUAUUCUUCGUUACCUACAAGGAACGAAAGACUUGGGUCUAUUUUAUACAAACCAUAACAAAGAAGGAUUAGUUGGCUUUGCUGAUGCAGGUUAUCUCUCGGAUCCUCACAAUGCUCGAUCACAGACCGGCUACGUCUUUACUCAUGGUGGUACGGCCAUCUCAUGGCGUUCCAUGAAGCAGACAAUCGCGGCCACUUCAUCAAACCAUUCGGAAAUCUUGGCUAUUCACGAGGCCAGCCGCGAGUCUGUGUGGUUACGGUCCAUGACCAACCAUAUCCGAGUUGAUUGUGGGAUGACCGAAGGCAAGGACACACCAACCGUGAUGUAUGAGGACAAUGCAGCUUGCAUUGCUCAGCUUAAGGAUGGCUACAUCAAAGGAGACCGGACGAAGCACAUACUGCCUAAGUUCUUCUUCACGCACGAGCUUCAGAAAGCCGGCAAGGUCCAAGUCGUCCAAAUGCGUUCCAGUGACAACUCAGCCGACCUAUUCACCAAAUCACUUCCUACCUUCACGUUCAGGAAGCUCACGCAUCAGAUUGGGAUGCGUAGACUGAAAGACCUUCAGUGAUGUUCAGAACAGGGAGAGUAAUACGUGUUGUACUCUUUUUUCUUCACCAUAG